GAGUCUUUGCUAGAGAUCGGGAAAAAACAAACAAACAAACAAACAACAACCAAAUCCUUAAGCCUCUUCUCCCAGAUCACCCCGCCCACCCCUACCUCCCACCUCCGCGCUUUCAACCUACUUCCCAGGCUGGGAAAAGUGCUGCACAGAACCCCGCUGCUGGGCCGGGUGGGGGGAACCUGCCGCCGGGAGAUGCGGCGGCUGCCGAGCCGCUGACUGCGACGCAGGAGCUCCGGGAGCGGCUCCGCGCAGAUGAGAAAACCGUAUUUGAGAGAAGCUGAGUAGUGACUGGCCUAAACGUGCAAACUGAUUGAAAGCCCAACAGCCAUCACACACUCUGGGCCUGUGGUGCCACUCGUAUGUGUGUAUCUAAAUCAAUGAUGAGGGUAUCGGAACCGAUACUGGACAUGGAGAUGGCAAAUUACAGUGAAGUUUUGGACCCAACUUAUACAACUUUGGAGUUUGAAACUAUGCAGAUUCUGUAUAAUUCAAAUGAUAGUUCUGUCCCAGAGACAACAAGUAUGAAUACCACAGAUAACGGUGUCAACUGUCUAUGUGCUAUAUGUGGGGACAGAGCGACAGGAAAGCACUAUGGCGCCUCCAGCUGUGAUGGGUGCAAGGGCUUCUUCAGACGCAGCAUCCGCAAGAGUCACGUUUAUUCCUGCAGGUUCAGUCGGCAAUGUGUUGUUGACAAAGACAAAAGGAAUCAAUGUAGAUACUGUCGAUUAAGAAAGUGCUUUAGAGCAGGAAUGAAAAAAGAAGCUGUGCAAAACGAACGUGAUAGAAUCAGCACGAGAAGAAGCACAUUUGAUGGCAGCAACAUCCCCUCCAUUAACACACUGGCACAAGCAGAAGUUCGGUCUCGCCAGAUCUCAGUCUCAAGCCCUGGUGCAAGCACUGACAUAAAUAUUAAGAAAAUUGCCAGUAUUGGUGAUGUCUGUGAAUCCAUGAAACAGCAGCUCUUAGUCUUGGUGGAAUGGGCUAAAUAUAUUCCUGCCUUUUGUGAGUUACCACUGGAUGAUCAGGUGGCACUGUUGAGAGCUCACGCAGGGGAACAUUUACUGCUUGGAGCUACAAAGAGAUCCAUGGUGUAUAAAGAUAUUUUGCUUUUGGGAAACAAUUACAUUAUUCACCGCAACAGCUGUGAAGUUGAGAUUAGCCGUGUGGCCAACCGGGUUCUAGACGAGCUGGUCCGACCAUUUCAAGAAAUUCAGAUCGAUGACAAUGAAUAUGCUUGUUUGAAGGCAAUUGUAUUUUUUGAUCCAGACGCAAAAGGGCUAAGUGAUCCAGUAAAGAUUAAGAACAUGCGGUUCCAAGUGCAGCUGAGUUUGGAGGACUACAUCAACGACCGGCAGUACGACUCCCGGGGCAGGUUUGGGGAGCUGCUCUUGCUCCUGCCCACGCUGCAGAGCGUCACUUGGCAAAUGAUUGAGCAAAUACAAUUCGUUAAACUUUUUGGGAUGGUUAAAAUCGACAACUUACUUCAGGAGAUGCUACUGGGUGGUGCUUCCAGUGAGGCUAACCAUCUCCAUCAUCCAAUGCACCCACAUUUAUCUCAAGAUCCAUUAACUGGACAAACUAUACUUUUGGGUCCAAUGUCAACACUGGUUCAUACAGACCAGAUCUGUUUAGGAGCACAAAAGAACAUGCAGGAUGUCCUAGCUUUGCCUGGUAGUACAGGACCAUAAAAAUGACUCUACGAGGUGGAACCAUGCAAAGGAAUCUUAAUAAUCAACAGGAAAAUUAUGAUUGCUUGUGAUCUUUAAAUAUAUUUGUCAAAACAUCAAGAACUCUUUUAGCUAUAGGUUAUAAAUGUCUAGGGAAACUAAAGAAAAAAAUAGUAGUUUUAAGCUUAGUGCACCAUAAUUUAAAAUAUUAAUAACACUGAGAAUUAAUGUGUUUUAUUUUUUUGUAAAAAAAUAUGAAGGGUAGUUUGAACACUGCUUGCCAUGUUCUCUUCUAAUGACUUACAAGAGGAAGUGAGCAUCUUUGAUGGAUUUUACUCUUUUGGAAGUUUGGGUCAGUUUCCAACAUUUCAUCCUUUGCAUUUUUAAUGUCCUAAAAUAUCUCUGAGAAUCCAUUUGAUGUGAAUUUUUUUGCCAGUUUCACUUCCUCUGGGACCUCUUCAACCUUUUCAGUGCAACUGGUUCCUCAUUCCUGUUGACAAGCUUUCCUUCAUUAAGUUCUUGGCUGAAUUUUUAGGGACUCAAACAAUGGUAGUGUCAACAUUUCCAUGGUCAGCUCUUUCUUCUAUAGCUCCAUUCCUGUUCGAUUUGAAUUUCACUUCCAACAUUAUCACUUUUUGUUUCUUUACUGCACGUUCUCCCCUUUUGGCCAAUUCUCUUUCAGUUGUCCAUUUUUGCAAAUUGUCAUGUGGAUUUGUCACUGAGAGGGAGACGGGGAGGCAACACAACUACACAGUUUGUUGUCAGUGUAUGAACUGAAGGAAAUAUGUUCAUUGAAUAAUCAUGGACAGACUGAAGGAUGUGAUGUGAUUGGUCACUGAUCAAAAUGCAAAUCUAUUAUUUUAGGUAAUUAUUUGUAGACUGAAGAGUUAGCAGUGAAGUUUGUGAGUUUAUGCAAUACUCACAGUUAAUUAGAGUUAGCAUGCUAACUGAAAUUUGAACCAUGUUUUCGAAAGACUGGUGCUAUUUAACUAAGCUGUGAUAACUGACAUUCGUGUAUAUCAUAAUUGUGCAAAGCAUGGGCUACUUAGGCUUCCUUUAGUUCUUUGGAACUAAAAUGACUAUAUAAAUACUACGGGUUGCUAGUUAAUCUGAUAUUAUUGCAGAUUUAACACAUAUUUCAUUUUUAUAUGUCACAUUGGAGAUUAAAAAAAUCUCUAUUUGACAAAAAUAUCUAGAAUUAAUUGCUUCUGAAUUCAUACUAAUUAAUUCCAGAUUUACUUUUGAUCUAUUGCCUCUGAACACUAAACCAGCUACCUCACUGAGAUGCCUUCAGUUACUGUGAUAUAAUUAUUAUGGGUACCAGCAUUGCCUACUGAAUUUACAAUUGCCCUUAAUAACUAGCUACAAUGUUGUUUUACCCAAAUGUUCAGUGCAAUGCGACAACAAUUAAGUGAGUACCAUCUGACUGCUACCUAGUGGUAGGAAGAGUAGAAGCCACAGAAAUGCAUGCUAUCACUGCUGUUCUUUAGUUACACACACUGGUAGAUCUAUGUGUAAAUAGUGUCUGAAACACAAAGUUCUUUGAGUAUAUGACAGAGGCAGAAAUGAAAUGUUAGAAAAAAAUACAAAUGAUGUAUACUAUAGCACAUUUGAUCUGUGGGUCCCAAUGUAGUUGAAAGACAUUAAUUUGGGAACGUUCUCUUUUGUUUUUUCCUUGAAGUACAGUUG